UCCCAGAGGCCGGACCAGCGGACUCAGGACAGAGCUUGCAAGGAAGAGGAGUGGAGCAGCGCUUGAUCCACUCUCGGGUGGGUAUCUGUGAAAGAUGAAGGGCCGGCGGCUGCGGCGCCGAGAGUAUUGCAAGUUUGCUCUGCUGUUGGUGCUCUACACGAUGGUGCUUCUGCUAGCUCCCUCCGUGCUGGACGGCGGCCGCGAUGGGGACAAGAGCGCCGGACACUGCCCGGGUUUGCAGCGCAGUCUGGGAGUGUGGAGCCUGGAGGCAGCGGCUGCCGGUGAACGCGAACAGGGCAGGGAAUUGCGGUCGGCAGCCUUAGAAGGGGACGCGGGCCAGUCUCCCCCCGCCCUGGGCAAUCUCAGCGGCGCCGUUGGGGAGACGGCGUCCCGGGAGAAACAGCACAUCUACGUGCAUGCCACCUGGCGUACCGGCUCAUCCUUCCUGGGCGAACUUUUCAAUCAGCACCCGGACGUUUUUUACUUGUACGAGCCCAUGUGGCAUCUAUGGCAAGCGCUCUAUCCGGGCGACGCCGAGAGCCUGCAGGGCGCGCUCAGAGACAUGCUGCGCUCACUCUUCCGCUGCGACUUCUCAGUGCUACAGCUGUACACAACGCCCGGGAACCUCGCCGCGCGUGCUUCAGACGCAGUCAACCUCACCACGGCCGCCCUCUUCCGCUGGCGGACCAACAAGGUCAUCUGUUCGCCGCCACUGUGCCCAGGUGCACCCCGGGCCCGCGCCGACGUGGGCCUCGUUGAGGACGCAGCCUGCGAGCGCAGCUGCCCGCCCGUGGCUCUACGCGCCCUGGAGGCCGAGUGCCGCAAGUAUCCGGUGGUGGUCAUCAAGGACGUGCGCCUGCUGGACCUGGGCGUCCUGGUGCCCCUGCUGCGUGACCCUGGCCUCAAUCUGAAGGUGGUGCAGCUUUUCCGCGACCCGCGGGCCGUGCACAACUCGCGCCUCAAGUCUAAGCAGGGGCUGCUGCGCGAGAGCAUCCAAGUGCUGCGCACCCGCCAGAAGGGCGAACGCUUCCACCGCGUGCUGCUGGCGCACGGCGCGGGCUCUCGCUCGGGAAGCCAGUCCCGCUCAAUGUCCGCACCGCCACGCGCCGAUUUCUUUCUGACUGGUGCGCUCGAAGUGAUCUGUGAGGCUUGGCUGCGCGACCUGCUGUUCGCGCGCGGCGCGCCCCCCUGGCUGCGGCGCCGCUACCUUAGGCUGCGCUACGAGGACCUGGUGCGGCAGCCGAGCGCCCAGCUGCGCCGCCUGCUGCACUUCGCUGGGCUACGCGCACUGGCUGCGCUCGACGCCUUCGCGCUCAACAUGACCCGUGGCACGGCCUAUGGCGCCGACCGGCCGUUCCACCUGUCGGCGCGCGACGCCCGAGAGGCCGUGCACGCCUGGCGAGAGCGCCUGAGCCGGGAACAGGUGCGCCAGGUAGAGGCAGCCUGCGCUCCUGCCAUGCGUCUGUUGGCCUACCCUCGCAGCGGAGACGAGGGCGACACGGAGCCGCCCAGGAACAGAGAGAUGCCACUGGACACCGAGGCCGCCUACGGUGCCACGUAGCCUUCCCCUCCUGCCCCCGGGGUUGCAUCCCGGUCAGUCACCACAAACCAGGGCACUCAGCAUGCCGCCCCAGCACUGGAGAAGCCAAUGCUGUGGAGACAAUCAUUCACACUGUCAGAACCUGGGACUUGACUUGGUUACCAACUGCGGUGCAAUUCUGCUGAGCAAGAAUUAUGAGCUGUUAAGUAAUGACGGACACAUCAGUUGAAGAUGAAGUUUGCUGUAAGAAAGUGACAGUGCAAUGUGGAUGUUUAUGGCCACAAAAUAAGAAGAACUUGAAUCUUCAGGCUGAUCCUGCCUGUACUGGAGCCAUCUCAACAAGGCAUCUUUGUAAGAAAAAAAGAUGUGACCUGGUUCCAUUUCACAUCAGCAGGUGUCUGGACAAAAAAUACAAUUUGAAGACCCAAAUGCAGUCCUAUCUAGCUGUAUUAAAUUUGUUUUAAAUAAAAGGUCCGAGUGGCAUUGUUUUCAAACCAGC